AUGGGCAGCAGACAAGAACCUGCAGAAAAGGGUCUCACAAAAAUACAUACAAUUGUACACAUUGAAGUUGAACAUUUUACAAACACACUCAAAGCAACCUCUCAUGUACGACCCCAGCUAUACUCUCCAGAAAGUUGGCAAUACCAAGUAGCGGAGAACCUUCUUAGGGCCAGCCGCACAAGCUAUGGAUCGUCUUCUACAGACACUUACGGCGCUUCCUCAGCUACUCCUAAACACGCCGCUAGACUAGACUCCCGCACCUCCACACCCAUUUCACAGAAGAAUGCUGAAGGAUCAAGCACACAAACUCCAGCGUCAACCGUAACUCCGGCAACUCCGGUAACUCCAACAGAUCCGCAUGGAGGGACUAUACAAGAGCAUGUGGCUAUACGCAUUCAAGAAGACGAGAAUAAAAGUCGGGGUGGCAGUGUUCCUCGACAGAAGAGUAAAAGACUUUCGCGCAGUUUAUCACAUGGAUCUUGGCCCGGUUGGACUUCAUUAUAUUAUUCGAAAUUUGACAAUGCGAAAGAUACGCCUACCACUUCUCAAGGAAGCUCUAGUGGCGAUAAAAAUAAAGAUACCAAAACUACAAAAGACAAAUCCAAUGCGGACGCAGAUACCACAAGCACUACACAACCAAUUCAAGGUAGCAGCACACAGAAAAUCUCUUCCGCCGACCCCCAACCUCUCUCUCCUUCAGUAUCGCUAACCCAACGCUCAAGCCGAGAUGUUCAACCUCCCUUACCAGUUCAACCGAAACGUCCUUCUCCAUCGUCAUCCAUAGAUGUCGAGCCUACACGGGGCUGGAGUCCAUAUGUGCGUGACCCAGUAGUAUUAUGUCCAAUCGGGUCGAUUCUCUUUCUAUUUGGAUUCCUAUUCCCACCGCUAUGGUGGAUUGGAUCUUUUUAUCCUCGACGUCCGCGGACAAGUGCACAUGAACGAUGGCAGAUGUAUAAUAGAUUAAUGUCUGUAAUAUCGUCAUUUAUAAUUGCGGGAGUUUUGGGAAUUGCUAUCUGGUAUUUGACUCAUAAACCCAAAAAUGAUGUUUGA